AAUCUAGCUCUCUCGCAGCAGGGAGGAAGAGCAGGGUGUGUAGCUGGGUGGGUGGGUGCGUGGGCGUGUGCAGGGGGGAGGGCAUGUAUGCAAGGGAAGCAGGCAUGUGAAUAUAGGGGCAUGUGUGUUGGGGCAUGGUGCACAUGGGUUGAGGGCUCUAAGGUUGGGUGGGGGGAAGAAGCCUGAGGAAACAGUGUGCCUUUGUGAGGGUGUGUGUGUGCCGCCGGGUCUGUGCAGUGGGUGUGGGUGUUUGUCUCCCUGUAUCCGCCUUCUCUCCCGUCCUGGACUUUUAGCCUUCCUGGGCUCGCCUUCCUCAUGUCCUUCCUCCUCCGUCUUGGGGCUCAAACUGGGUGCCCUGGUGGAGGAGGGGGGCACACUCCAGAACCUAGUCCAACCCCAGACGCUGCCUGAGGCUUCCCUCCAGCUCCCCUCCCUUCCUUUUCUCCCUUUCCUCCCUCCCUCUCUUUCCCUUUCUCCCUCCCCCCUAAGGCUGGCGUGCCAGGGGGUGGGACAUGCCAAUCACUGGCUGUGCCUCUCCCGCUGCCAGCACAGGGCGCAGCUCCCCCCGGGAGCCAGGUGUUUGGGUCCCUGGAGACGCCGCCGGCCCCCAGGGAGGCAGUGGGGCUGAGGACCCUACAGACCCCUCUUCAGCCCCAUGGGCACCCUGAAACCCACCAUCCCCAUCCACCUCAGCUCCCCCGAGAUGGACUGAAUCAGGCUGCUGGCCAGACAGAGAAGCUGGAAGUCAAGGUGAUGACUUUCCUCUGAGGAAGCCUUGUAGCCUGCCUGGAGGAAGGGGCUCCCCAACCCCAGCCCCACCUAGCCACCAUGAACACCUCAGCCCCACCUGCUGUCAGCCCCAACAUCACCGUCCUGGCACCAGGAAAGGGUCCCUGGCAAGUGGCCUUCAUUGGGAUCACCACGGGCCUCCUGUCACUGGCCACGGUGACAGGCAACCUGCUGGUACUCAUCUCCUUCAAGGUCAACACGGAGCUCAAGACAGUCAAUAACUACUUCCUGCUGAGCCUGGCCUGCGCUGACCUCAUCAUUGGUACCUUCUCCAUGAACCUCUACACCACAUACCUGCUCAUGGGCCACUGGGCUCUGGGCACGCUAGCCUGUGACCUCUGGCUGGCCCUGGACUAUGUGGCCAGCAACGCCUCCGUGAUGAAUCUGCUGCUCAUCAGCUUUGACCGCUACUUCUCCGUGACUCGGCCCCUGAGCUACCGCGCCAAGCGCACACCCCGCAGGGCAGCUCUGAUGAUCGGCCUGGCCUGGCUGGUUUCCUUUGUCCUCUGGGCCCCAGCAAUCCUCUUCUGGCAGUACCUGGUCGGGGAGCGGACAGUGACAGCGGGGCAGUGCUACAUCCAGUUCCUCUCCCAGCCCAUCAUCACCUUUGGCACAGCCAUGGCCGCCUUCUACCUCCCGGUCACAGUCAUGUGCACGCUCUACUGGCGCAUCUACCGGGAGACAGAGAACCGAGCACGGGAGCUGGCAGCCCUUCAGGGCUCUGAGACGCCAGGCAAAGGGGGUGGCAGCAGCAGCAGCUCAGAGAGGUCUCAGCCAGGAGCCGAGGGCUCCCCAGAGACUCCUCCAGGCCGCUGCUGUCGCUGCUGCAGGGCCCCCAGGCUGCUGCAGGCCUACAGCUGGAAGGAAGAAGAGGAAGAGGAUGAAGGCUCCAUGGAGUCCCUCACAUCCUCAGAGGGAGAGGAGCCUGGCUCCGAAGUGGUGAUCAAGAUGCCCAUGGUGGACCCCGAGGCGCAGGCCCCCACCAAGCAGCCCCCACGGAGCUCCCCAAAUACAGUCAAGAGGCCGACCAAGAAAGGGCGUGAUCGAGCCGGCAAGGGCCAGAAGCCCCGAGGGAAGGAGCAGCUGGCCAAGCGGAAGACCUUCUCGCUGGUCAAGGAGAAGAAGGCGGCUCGGACCCUGAGUGCCAUCCUCCUGGCCUUCAUCCUCACCUGGACACCGUACAACAUCAUGGUGCUGGUGUCCACCUUCUGCAAGGACUGUGUUCCUGAGACCCUGUGGGAGCUGGGCUACUGGCUGUGCUACGUCAACAGCACCGUCAACCCCAUGUGCUACGCACUCUGCAACAAAGCCUUCCGGGACACCUUUCGCCUGCUGCUGCUUUGCCGCUGGGACAAGAGACGCUGGCGCAAGAUCCCCAAGCGCCCUGGCUCCGUGCACCGCACCCCCUCCCGCCAAUGCUGAUGAUCCCUGUCCUGCAUCCCUCCAUCCCAGUCCCCGGGAGAGGCUGGAGGGAAGCGGGCAGGGGCUGCAUCCUCAGCCCCAGAGCCCCGCUCAGGCCUCACCUGGCCUCCCAAGCCCCUGGGUCACCUUCCUGGGCAGCCCAGAGAGCCCCUGCCAACUUUCCAGACUUUGCUAUUCCCAGGCAGGGAGGGAAACCUGGGGAACUGGUUUUUCUGUUCCCUGCUGGGUAGGAAUGGGCUCUUCACCAGGAAGAAGGCCCGGGAGGAGGAUCCGGGCUUUGGACUCCUUGUUUGCCUUUAGGCAGGAAGUCAGGAGCCAGCAGGGCGGGCCAGGAGAAAGAGGGCUUAACCUUACAGUAUUCCUUGGCCCAGGGGCGGCUCACAUUGCAGUGUGAGAUGGCGCCCCCUGGGGGACACAGCUGGGAACUGACCCGACCGCUGGGAGAAAAGCUUGACAACACGGGACUGGGGAGCCCGGAUGGGGGAUCCGCUCGCUUCAUAGGCAGAGCCCGCCCAGCUGGGCCCUAGGCAUACGCUCCAGGAUUGUCCAGGCCCCCUACAGAUGUCCCCAGAGGGUCCCUAGGUGGGUCACCUCCAAGGCAAAUAUCCAAGCAUCAGCAGGACAAUGACACUGGAGGACCAGCCUGGCUAGUCACACAUCAAGUCCCAAGGCAGCAGGACCAGGAGCCAGGUGUCCUGACUGUCCUACGAUAUCAUUUCCCUGGGAAUGGGAGUCAAGUGUGCCUGCUGUCCAUACCCCCUGCCCUAGAGAAGCCUCAGUCCCUCCCUCCUGGUUCACAGCCGCCACCUGGACAGACCUGCUCCCUGCAGACCUAGCCAGGCCUCCCGCAUGCUGCCUGCUCCGGCCCUGCCCCACACAGGCCUGGCCCAGCCAGCAGGUUCUCUCCAGUGAGCUCCCCAAUCCAACCCAUGCAUGGCCUCCCAGCCACUCGGAUCUCCAGGCCUAGCCUGGCCCCAAAUGUUCUUUCCUUUCAUCCUCAGCAAGUGCUGAGUCUGUGAAUAAAACCACAUAACCAGCGGGCAC